CACCAGUCCGCCAUUUCAAAUAUUUGAACUUACCCAGUGACAACUUAUAGUGCAAGUCGCGGUGCAGUUAGUUUAUCUGCUAAUCUGGGGGAAAGCGGCCGCGGGUUUGGUUGUGCACAUGUGCGCUGCAGCUGUGACACUUUUUUUCCGGACUGGUUGUGAGUAAAGGCGGAUGCUGUGGCUUCUCGGGACGAGUUUAACGGCGGAAAGGCGCUGAAGUUUUUGUAUGAGCUGAGCUGAGCGCGACUGGCGGAUCCGGACACACAGCAGGCCCGGGUGAAGCCUCGGCUUUUGGGUGGCAGCCAUGGCCGGACACUUCGACGCGGAGGACCGGGGAAGCUGGUACUGGGGCAGACUUAGCCGACAAGAGGCCGUGUCCCUGCUGCAGGGACAGAGACAUGGCGUCUUUUUAGUGCGGGACUCUAUUACCAGCCCCGGAGACUAUGUGCUGUCCGUGUCAGAAAACUCUAAAGUCUCUCAUUAUAUCAUCAACAGCAUCAGCAACAGCCGGCAGUCCGCCCCGGGCCUGGCUUCUCGCUUUCGUAUUGGAGACCAGGAAUUUGAUGCACUACCUGCCCUGCUGGAGUUUUAUAAGAUACACUACCUAGACACCACCACUCUGAUUGAGCCCAUCAACAAAGCCAAGUACUCGGGGAUUGGUGUUGGUUGUACAGGGCCAGGAGGAGUUCCCCAGAGGCUUGAGGAGGAAUAUGUCCGUGCUCUGUUCGACUUUCCUGGCAACGAUGACGAGGACCUGCCCUUUCGAAAGGGUGAUGUCCUGCGGGUUUUGGAGAAGCCUGAAGAGCAGUGGUGGAAUGCGCAGAAUUCAGAAGGCCGUGUAGGUAUGAUUCCCGUGCCGUAUGUGGAGAAAUUCCGGCCUGCUUCUCCUACGUCAGGGACCCUGUGCGGUGGAGGAACGGGCACUGUGGGAAAUUCAGAUGGCCACAAUUCCCAAUCCCCUCCUGUGCUUGGUGAGCCAGGCCCGUAUGCCCAGCCCACAUCUUUACCCAACCUGCAAAAUGGGCCCGUGUUGGCCAGAGCGGUUCAGAAAAGAGUUCCCAAUGCUUAUGAUAAGACAGCUCUUGCUUUAGAGGUUGGCGACUUGGUAAUGGUGACGAAGAUCAACGUAAACGGGCAAUGGGAGGGCGAGUGCAAGGGAAAGAGAGGCCAUUUUCCCUUCACACAUGUGCGCUUACUGGAUCAGCACAACCCCGAUGACGACCCGAGCUGAGAUUGGAGACUAGUUUUCCUAUACAGCCCUUAAAUGCACACACCCUCUCCUCACUCACCUCAUAACUGAUGUGCCCAGCAGUAGCCUCUUCUACUAGAUCCUUUUCCUGUAUGUCCGUUCAUUCUGUGCCAUCAUGUUGUUCAUGCCAAUAUAUACAGCCAUUUCCUGAUUAGAUCUUAUGCAACGAUUGAAAUGAAUCGUUCAGUAAACACUAAACACCAUGGACAUUUCUAUAGUUUACCAUAGACCGAAUGUUGGUGUGAAUAUUGUGCAUAUAAAAGGGGGGGGGCAAGUCUGCUUGGACUCGAAGCUUAAGCAGUUUGGUGUCGUUAUAAGGGACUGUUGCUCUGCGUUUGAGUAGCAUACACUACUCGUACUGAUUUGCUAAAAAAUCCGGCUGCAUUGAAGGAGAUUCAUUUGGAGCUGUCAAUCACACUACAAAUAAUCUACCAUGUGAUUAUUUACAAGAUGUCUGAGAGAAAAUGCUGAUCAUACAUGUAUCGUUUACUAUUACAUGCUUAAUUUUGUAUUCCUUUAAGCAUUUUUGUGCACACAGAAGUAUUUUUGUGUUGAGUGUUAGUUAAACUCCCUUUCAUUUCUUAUUGAUCACUACAGGUGGAGGGUUUCUGGACCGUGGACACUUUAUUUAGCAGUUACAAAUCAAUUUUGGUUGGGGGGGCACAAGGUCACUUGAAUGAACUUGUGUGUCUGUUAAAAGAAGUAGUACUUAUAACUGUUUUUUUGUGCCACCCCACUAAAAUGCAACUAAUUUUACCACUUUGAUAAACACCGUGAGAUUGUAUGUGUCACUGUGUGUAACAUGUAAAUGUCUCAAACAUGUCUCUAGAAUUGUAUAGGACACCACAGUAGUCUUCAUGUAUGAUUGUUUUAUGUAUAUGUAAGCCAGCUGAUUAGCAGUUUAACUGUACAGCAAUAUUUGCAAUCACACAUCACUGCUUCAUAGUGGCAAUGUUAUCACUUGUUAUAUAUAACACUAAUAGUUCCUUUAACCAGCUGUUUGCCUUUAUUGCAAAAGCACCGAAUAAUUGAAGCAAAUCGUCUUUAAUAUAGCCUCAUAGACAAUGGAUAAAAUAGUGUAAAAGGAUUGUGAAGAGCCCUCUUGUAUUUAAACAAUGUAUUCCUCUUACUGUAACUGUUUACCACUUUUUGAAGAAGAAAAAGGAACUAAUGAAAUUGAUUCACUAAACAAAUGUAUAGCACUGAUUGAAAGACCAUCAGAAAACACCAGGGGCAUGAUUAUUGUUAGCAGUCCUUUGAAUGAUAAGAAUUAACAUCACGUUUAAUCAUUUGAAUAGGGACAAUCACCUGAGAAACCUCUCCCUCCAUUAUAUCUGAAAUGUGAAGGCUGGGUAUGAAGAAAUAGUAAAGUCACUUUCUACACACUGGUGUGCCCCCCGCCCCCCCCCCCCCCCAUUACAAUGUAAAGUGCUUUGAGUGCCUAGAAAAGCACUAUAUAGAUCUAAGCAAUUAAGUCAAAUUCAUACAUUAAUGAAGGAUUUUUUUUUCUGCUUUAGUGCUGAAUGCAAUUAAGACAAGUAUUUAACUAGGGAGCGUAAAAUGUCAUUUGAAGUGUUUCUACAGUUCUAAGCUGAAAUUGAAUUCCAAACAUGUAAUAAGCCAUAAAACAUCAGGUGAUGGCAUCCACUAGAAACGUAAACUGAGAUGACCUUCCUACCUGAUUUCCCUAUUUCUGUCACAAACUGUAUAAAAUGAAGAUUUAUACAGGGUUGUGAUGAGUCUCAUGUCUAAGAUUGUUUAAUCAUUGUUGGUUUCAUUCCUAGUAAUUAUGACUAAUGCAUCUAAAUAAAAAACCACCGUGUGCUAUGUCCAAGUCUGGCUGAGAAUUGACAGUGCCCUGUACUUUUUUUAACUUAAAGUAUUAUUUUUAUUGUCUUUAGUAAAAAUUUACAUAUUUUCUUGUGACAUUAAUCUAUGUUCAUCUAAGUCCUUCAUAAAACAUCUAAAUGUGUUUGGUUUUUUUUCUUGGAUCAGCCUGUUCCUGUACAUGCAAUGAAGAUAACCCCCAAUAGUAAACUAUUUAAACCCUG